UCGCCAACAAAGGGGCCUCCACUGCUGACUCAUAACGGUCCAACAGAAGGCGCACACGCCCCUCUAACACUGAAGCCGGCAACAAACACGCGUGACCUGUCCCGACUGACACACGCGGCAAAUUCUUCAACAACGACAAACCUUCCGCCAACGCACGUCGUCGGGGAGCUAAUGCCGCCCUCCCACCACACACGCGGUAAGCCAGGUCCAACUCGGCUGCAUCCAACCAUGUCUGACCCACUGCCACCCGCAAAACCACUGCCAACCGAGCCGCCAAAGACUCUU